AGAUGAUUUUAUUAUCAUUUUGUCGUCCGCGUAGGAGGAGGAUCAUGAUCAUCAUCUGUUUGGUGGUAUAAACUUUAUCCAUACUGAUUGUAAAUGUUAUCAUAUGAAGAUAGAUAGGCGAUACUUUGUACAAGUAAAAUGAAUUUUCGGUCAGUUUUCGGCGGUCGAGCGUCAGAGGGCUAUUCAGCUGAACGAGUGCAAGCUGAAACCUUAUCAGAAGAUGAAGAGGAAUUAGACGGCAAGAUGGGCAAAACACGACGAUCAUCUACAGGUGGACUGUCGCCCUCACCUGGCGGUCCAUUCUCAGCUCUUAUACCAUCUAUGUGGCCUCAGGAUAUUCUAGCACAAUUAGCAGAGACUGAAGACUCGAGAGGCCCAUCCGAAUUUCGAUAUGAUGAGUUUGGUUUUCGAGUAGAAGAAGAGGAUGGUGCUGAGCCAAAUUCUAGUAAACUUCUAAGCGAGCCGUUUAUAGAGGAACCACAGUACCGCCUGAAAUGGGUUGCAUACUUUGAGUUUUCGCACAACACAGAGGUUGGGGACUUCACGUGGGACCAGGUGGAUCUUAAGCUUCCAUUAACAGACAAGCUUCGGGGUAUGAUCAAGUCCGGUAUCCCACAUAGCAUGCGCCCUCAACUUUGGAUGCGAUUCUCCGGUGCUUUACUAAAAAAGAAAGAAAGUGAAACCACAUAUAAGGAAGUGAUAAAGGCCAGCAGUGGUGAUCACACAUUAACAGCGAAACAAAUUGAAAAGGAUUUACUUCGUACGAUGCCAAGCAAUGUAUGUUUUAGUUCAAAGCACUCAACAGGUGUCCCGCGGUUACGGCGGAUCCUGCGGGCCCUUGCGUGGCUAUACCCAGACAUUGGCUAUUGUCAAGGCACAGGCGUUAUGGCAGCCUCGCUGCUCUUGUUCCUCGAAGAAGAGGAUGCGUUCUGGAUGAUGUGUGCAAUAAUAGAAGAUUUGGUACCAGCAUCGUACUACUCCACUACUUUACUCGGUGUCCAGGCUGACCAAAGAGUGCUGCGACAGUUGCUAGUCAGUUACCUUCCCCAGCUCGACAAGCAGCUUCAAAAUCAUGACAUAGAGCUGUCACUGAUAACCUUACAUUGGUUUUUGACGGCAUUUGCUAGUGUAGUACACAUCAAGGUACUACUCAGUAUUUGGGACAUGUUCUUUAGUGAGGGAUCUGUUGUACUCUUCCAAGUGGCACUGGGUAUGCUUAAAAUGAAGGAAGAAGAAUUGCUUGAGUUGGAGAAUUCAGCACAGAUAUUCAAUGCCUUAUCAGAUCUUCCAGGAGAAAUUGAUGAUGUUCGGAAAUUGAUCAUGGUGAUGGAGGACAUAAGAUUGGUGUUCAUGCAAACGGAUUGUUUGCUAGAUCCCUGUGCCUUUUGCUUCGUUGGAAUGAAGACGUCUACCUCACUGACAGAUGUGGUUGUGGAUACCCAUCGCCGUAAACAUCUAGCUUAUCUAAUGGCUGACCAAGGUGCAAUUGUAAACCCAGAAAACACCACUAACCUACCUAAACAGCAUUUGAACAAGAGGCAUCUGCACAGGCGGAAAUCCUUCACAGGACUUUUAUUCGGUCAGGAUGAAAAACCAGAAGACUUAAAAGCUAAGAACAUAAGACAAACAGAAUUGAUAACAGACCUACGAGAAGCUAUCUUACAGCUGGGUAGACACUUUCAACAAAUUGACCCAAAGAACACCAAAAUUAGCCUCCUUCCGGACUACAGUCUAGGAAGUCACCAAAAUGAUCACGAACAGUUUGUUGCUGUGUCGAGAACGAGGAGGAGGAGAGCAAAAGCACUCCUGGACUUUGAACGUCAUGACGACGAUGAACUAGGCUUCCGCAAAAAUGACGUGAUAACAAUAAUUUCACAGAAGGAUGAGCAUUGCUGGGUUGGAGAAUUAAAUGGACUCAGAGGGUGGUUUCCAGCAAAAUUUGUUGAACUUUUAGAUGAAAGAAGUAAAAUGUACACAAGUGCUGGGGAUGACACUGUCACAGAGGUCAUCACAGAUCUCGUCCGAGGAUCUCUCUGCCCAUGCCUGAAGCUAAUCUUUGGACAUGGCAUGAAGCAGCCGUCUACACUGGGUGGACCCUGCCAUCCAUGGCUCUAUAUAGAAGAGGCAGCAGCAAAGGAAGUUGAAAGAGACUUUGAUUCAGUGUACUCAAGAUUAGUGCUCUGUAAAACAUUCAGGCUGGAUGAAGAUGGUAAAGUACUAACUCCUGAAGAACUUUUGUAUCGCUCUGUGCAAGCCGUCAACUUGUCGCAUGACUCUGCACAUGCUCAGAUGGACGUCAAGUUUCGAUCACUGAUGUGCCUAGGAUUAAAUGAACAAGCACUUCAUUUGUGGUUGGAGUGUCUUUGCUCAUGUGAACAGAUUGUUGAGAAAUGGUACCAUCCAUGGUCGUUCAUGCGUAGCCCAGGCUGGGUCCAGAUCAAGUGUGAGUUAAGGGUGCUAUCAAAUUUUGCCUUCAACUUAUCUCAAGAUUGGGAGAUCCCAGUCAAAAAAGAGGGUGGCGUCCCCCUGAAAGACAGCGUGCGAGACAUGCUCAUCAAGCAUCACCUCUUCAGCUGGGAUCUUUGAACUCUGACCUUUGACCUUUCACCCUCUUCAAGUCUUCACUGCACUUCAGCGUUCGGAGCACUAUUACUGGAAUUAAUGUCACCUUCUUUAAUUUUAUUUCUCAUUGAUUUUAUUUUUUUUUUUGCAUAUUCAUUAAAAUAUUUGCAUAUCCACUGAAAUGUUUGCUAUGAAAAGUUAUAUCUUAAGUAUAGGCUGGUUUGAAAUUACAUUUCACCAUGUGUAUUUUAAUAUCUGAAUUUAAAAUCCAACCACUUUUUUUUUUCUUACGUUGCUUUAAAAAAUUCUGUUAACAAUCUAUUGCCUUAAUAUAUUUAUUCCAACUUGUUGGUUGUUUGUAAAUGUAUAAAAAAGAAAAAAAUCUACUUUAUAUGUAAUAUUAUCGUUUUAUGAAAUGUGAGAAAUUUCAGAUGGAUAGAGCAAAAAUAGCACAAUUCAUUGAAAGUUGAUUUGUGAAAUAUAUAGUAAUGUAAGACAUGAAACUAAGUGUGUGGUAUAUUAUAUACCUAUAUUUUUGGGAUCAUUUUUUGUAUUUUCAAAGAAACACUCUUCAUUUUUAGGUUCUAAGUCUUGAUUUUUUUUAAUGAUAUGCGGAAAGGACAGAGAUUUUAUAAAACCUUAAAUUUAUAAAAAGUUAAAUAAUAUAAAUUAAUGUAAAUUCCAAUAUAAAUUAAUAUAGAAAUUUAUAGAUAACAAAUAUAAAGUUCUAUGAAAUUAUUUUACAUUGUUUUUAAUUAAUUAUUUCAUUUAAUCUUCAUUUAUUCAUGUAAUCUAUAUAGUAAUUCAUUCAUGCAUUUUUCUACCUAAAUAUGGUCAUGAUGACAUCACAUCAUGACCAUAUAUAGACACAUCAUAUCAUGGGCAUACAAGUGUUUUUUAUCAAAGAAAAUUUGAUAAUCUGGAAAAAGCUUAAAGGCUCUUUAUGAUGCUAAGUUUCAAAUACUUAAAGCAAGUUUUUAAGUGUAGGGCCUACUACACUUAAGUUACUGAAACAUUGUAUUUCCUGAAAAAGUAUGACAAUGUUUUUGUAACACCAAAAUAGUACUUGCCUUUUAUUAAUGUUUAAUGUUUAUAUUUCUAGCCUUGAAGCCCCAUGUGUAAACUCCAAUGAAUACUACAGGUAUUAACUUCUGUGCAAUAAAGAUAGUUCUUGCACUAGUAUGCAGGGGGUGGGGGAACAACAGGGCCAAAAUUUUCACCCACAUCCAGACACUAAUUUAAGUUGUCAUACUAAAAAAAAUUUUUUUUUUUGCCAUUUCCAUUAAUUUUUUGCCAUUAAUUAAUUAUCAUAUAUAAUAUUGUAGUCUAAAAGCACAAAUUUUACCAUUCUAAACCACAAAAUGACUCUUUCAUGAACCCACCAAGGUAUUUAGUACCUUGCUGUGACAGGCCCAAUUGGUUCCGACACCCCUGUCUGAAUUGUUGGACCCAUUGUCUGCAGAUUUCUGGAGUAAUAUUAGAUUGGAUAGUAUCAUAAGAUAAUACUCAGGACACAGCACAUUUAAAAGUACUGUAGUUUCAGUCAUUUUAACACGAUCUCUCAGAGCCAUGAAGCAUUUUGUUUGUAACCAGAUAUAUAAAACGGAUUGAUGCAUUUGAAAUCUCAUGUUAUAUGUAGGCUGAAACUAGUUUGAAUGUGAAAUACAUAAUACAGAGAGGGAAAUAUGUCUGUUUAGACACAAGUAUUAUGUGAUUGUGUAUUAGAUGUCCACACUAUGAAGUCCUAUGUGGGAAAAUACUGUGAUUUGUCCAUAUCAUGUACAGUAUACUGUAUAUAUGGGUAUAUCAGUAGGAGUAAUAAAGUUUCUUUCUUUUAGGUUCAUUUCCAAAUUCAAGUCUUCCUCCAUUUAAGACCACUUUUGGGACUGGUUUUUUCAUGGUCUUUAGUAGCUUUGGUCUCUAAUUAGAAUAAUAAAGAUAAAAGACAUUUGUUAAUAUGGGACCACAGAAAAGUGGUCUUAAAUUGGAGGGGUCCUUAAUUAGAGGGAGAUUUGCAUGUAAAAUUUGAAAUUUUGGCUGAGCCCAUGGGAACCCAUGGCAGCCACAAUGCAGCGGCAAUACCAACAUGUUAUGGAUACAUUGUCCCUUAUCCUGGCUAAAGGCCUUUCAUACAGAGCUCCAAUUGCGGUAAGCAUGCUGGCAUUGGUUUCUGUCUUGAAAGGUCGAUACGCCAAUAUGCUGGCCUGCUUUAGGCCAACUUGCACCCUAGUAAUAUUGUAACGGUUUACUGGCUUGCUCUGUCUGAAAGUGUCUACUCGAUAUUGCAGCGUGUGCAUUUAUGCAAACACUCCGGUCUAAAUGCUCACCAAGUGUGGAAAAAGCUAAAACUUUCGUCGCACUUGCAACAGUUCUGAUGCAGGUUAUUUAUUUUUUCUUCUUCUUCAGUAACAAAAUUCAAAACCUGAUAGUAAUUUGUGGUGCAUCUCAUCUCUGAGCUUUAACUGUAGACCGCACAAUGUAACACAAUUUGCCAAUAGCUGGCUCUAAUUAAUGUAUAAAUGAAAUUUAUAGAGGCACAUUCUCCAACUCCAGGCAAAUGAUAUAGCCUAAAAUUACACAAAGCCUUGAAAAUGGCUUAUAGUUUCUAUUGUGGUCCAACUGAUUAAUUAAUACCUUGUAAAAUAUGCAUUCCUGUAUUCUAACUACAUUCCUUUUCACAUUAAAAAUAAAUAUGUCAUAAAUAUUAUUAUAAUAAAUUAAUUAAAUUCAGAGAUAAAUUAAUAAAAAAUUAGUAAUUAAGAUUAUAUAGUAACAUUCUGAGGGUAGACAGUCCAGUGCAAUAUUAAAGAUAUCUUUAUUAAAUGAUGUAACUCCAAUAUACAGGAGGCAAUCAGUAAAGAAUAAAUGAUAAUGAUUCUUAUAUAAAUUACAAAAACAAUUAUCUAAAUGAUAUUAAAGAAAAUUCUCUAAUUUAGUUGACUACUCUGAAAAGAUUCAUACACAUAAUUAUAUGUUGUUAAUUAUUAUUAUUAUUAUUAUUAUUUUAUUACUUUUUAUAAUAAUAUAUUGUUAUUAAUAUUGUUUAUUAUUAUUAUUAUUACAUAGUUUAGAAAUAUAGUAUUAUUUAAUAUUAUUAUAUAGUUAUUUGAGAAAAAUGUAAUGUUCUAUAUGUGUAUAUGAAUAAGUGUUUUUUAUGUGGUCUUGAGUGUAUUCUUGAAAUAGAUAUUUUUUUAUGAAGUCAGAGACCAUCCCUUCAACUGCUAAGACUCCUCUAUGUGCUUCUAAUGUAGGGGUUCUGAACUGUCGGCUCGCUGGCCAUUUCCAUCCCACAAGUGUAUGUUAUGCUGGCCGCAAUAAAAAUCCUAAAAAAGAGAAUAAAAAUAAUAAUUUUAAUAAAAAUUUAACCACUAUUAUAGAAACAAUUCACAUUACAUUACCAAUAUUGCUUUCAUUUGGUAGGAGGGAGUGGCCAGCGCCCUCUAGACCUGACCUCCAUUAGGGAGCUUUCGUUUGCACGACGACAUGAGGACGUAGAACGUAAUAUCACUAAAAGUCAUCUAUGCAUGCGAGAACGUUAAGUUCCCAUCGCAUCAAUUCUAGGACGCAAUUUGGCCAAAUCUACGUAUGCAGAGAACGUAGGAUGCCCAUUAGGACGGUCACGCAUGAGUGAUUCCGUUCUAGCAAAUUAAAGUUCCCUAUAGUACCUCAAUGAUCCGAUAUCUACUAAUUAUUUACUAACAAAAUGGAAAAAAAUGAAAAAAAUUUCCCCCCUCCCACAAAAAAAAGAAAAUUAUAAAUUUUUUUUUUCCUCCAAUUUUUUUUUUUUUUUUUUUUAAAUAUAUAUUUUUUCAAUACCAUAGAAAACAUGUGCGUGAGGAAGGUAAACUAAUAAUUUUUUUUAAAUGGGCAUUAUCAAUUGUUUCCCUGAAACACUAUGCAUAGCAAAGUAUAAUUAGAUGCAUAAUGAGAAAGCUCAUAAACAGACCUCCCGGAAUAAGUGACUUCUUCCAACGUGGGACCCCUCAUACCUUCAAAUGUAUUUAAUCCACAGACUUGGCCCCUGUUGUAAUGCAAUUGAAAACACCUGCUUAAAUUUUCACAAUUAUUACUAUAACUGAGUUUUUUGAGAGUUUUAUUUUACCACAUGGUUGUUGAAAACUCUUAUUAUUUCUAUCUUAAAAAAUCUCUCUUUUUGUUUAAAUUAUCCCACCAAACAGUUUAGUUCCUGUGAGUAGCAAUGUGUAAUUCUUUUCAAUGCUUAAAUUCUUUCUGUUUUUUUUUUGUUUUUUUUUGUAAUUUAAUACUACAAUGGUUUUUCAUGCUAAUAAUAUUACUUCUGGUGUUAAAUUUUGUCUUUCAUCUAUUUUAUUUCUUCCAACAAACCUUUAUCUUAUAAUUUAUAAUUAUUUUAAUUAUUGUAAUUGUACAUAAAAAGGAGUAUUAAUUUAGACAUAUUUAUGAAAUGUUUUAAAAAUAGUCUUGUUUCAGUGUAUCUGGUAUUUAGUGUGGUUUUUGUUGAUGAAAUAAUUGUUGAUAAAGUUAUGUCAAAUUCCUUAAUCUCAGUAGUAAUUUAUGUACUAUUUAUUUAUGUAAAAUAAAGUCUUUCAGAGUUACAAAUGAAUUAAUUUCACUCCAUAAUUGCUUGUAACUUUAAACAUUCUUUUUUUUGUUUAUAUUUACCUUGUAAUGUGUUGGUGCAUUGUGAAUGAAUAAACCGAAUAAUAAAAGUAAAAUGAGAACUAUUGGUUUC